GCUUGGGUGCCCGGCUUUACCCCUCGGCCCUCUGAUCGGACAACUGGUCAGUCCAACGAGUCCGUCCUCGAUACCCGCAAACAACAAGCGAUUGGCCAACGUCACCACCGCCUUGCACGUCCGAGGAGCAGCUGUUCCCCUUCGUUUCCGUGAGGAGGGUCUUGACCGAGGGUUUUGUUUGUUGUCCAGGUAUCUGUUGGAUCUUGGUUGGCCAGGAUGAAGCUUCCCAGUUUCAGACCGCUGCUGACAGAUCCUGCAAUUAAGAGAGCAUACAUAUGCAGAUUAUCUCUUGUGGCUUCUUUUUUCUGCAUAGCUCUACUUGUUGGAAGUCCAUCGUUGAUUAAUCAUUAUAAGCACAGAGUAUCAUCAGGAUGGAGAACGACAGCAUCUCUGCACGAUGCAAAAAUGAUAUCCUGCAAGAUCCAAUGCAAACCAUCUGGAAGUGAACCAUUGCCGGAAGGUAUAAUCAGAAGAACAUCAAACCUAGAAAUGCGGCCAAUUUGCGGCUUAUCACAAUCUUCAAAGACAAAGGAAACUAAACGAGCAUCCAGAAGUUUAUUAGCCAUGGCUGUUGGAAUAAAGCAAAAAGAAGUUGUGAAUCAAAUUGUUGAGAAGUUCUCUUCCAGUAAAUUUACAGUAAUGCUUUUUCAUUAUGAUGGUGUUGUUGAUGAAUGGAGAGACUUACGAUGGAGUGACAGCACCAUACAUGUAUCUGCAAUCAAUCAGACUAAAUGGUGGUUUGCCAAGCGCUUCUUACAUCCAGAUAUUGUUGCAGAGUAUGAUUAUAUAUUUCUUUGGGAUGAGGAUCUUGGAGUCGAACAUUUUCAUCCUCAACGUUAUAUAUCCAUUAUUGAUAAGGAAGGGCUGGAGGUAUCACAACCUGCAUUGGACACCAGUAAAUCAGAAGUUCAUCAUCAAAUAACUGCACGUGGGAGGAAAGGAGAUGUACACAGAAGAGUUUACAAGGUAAAAAGUAGCGGAGGAUGUUAUGAGAAUAGUACUGCACCUCCAUGCACAGGGUGGGUAGAAAUGAUGGCUCCUGUGUUCUCAAGAACUUCAUGGCACUGUGUGUGGAAUAUGAUCCAGAAUGAUUUGAUUCAUGCGUGGGGAUUAGACAUGAAACUUGGAUACUGUGUUCAGGGUGAUAGGAGUAAGAACAUUGGGGUGGUUGAUAGCGAAUAUAUAGUUCAUAUGGGAAUCCCAACACUUGGGGGUUCUGAUGAGAACAAGCCAAAUGCAGAAACAAGUAGCCCACCCUCUGAGUCAGAGCAGCCUUACUUAGGAACAAUGGUGCCUUCUGGAUCAUCCAGCUACAAUGAUAGAUCCGCUAUAAGGCGCCAGUCUUACGCUGAACUAAUGAUUUUCCAAAGAAGAUGGAAAAGAGCAGUGGCUAAGGAUGAGUGCUGGAUUGAUCCAUACCCUGAGCCUAUCAAGAACAUCAGCAAAUAAAGGAAAAUAUUCUUCUUGCAGACUUUUUGUGAAAGAUUAGUCUGACAUGAUUUUAUUUUUUUAGAUGUGUAUAAACAUUAUAUUUUCAGAAUAUAUAUGUACACACACAUCAAUAUGUAUAUCGGAGAAUUAACUGUUGUUGCAUUAAAGAUAGUUUACCUACUUAAAUACUUCAUGUGAUCUGCAUUCAUUCAA